AGCUACUACUGAGAGCACUCAGCAACAAGGUCGAUCCUCAAAACCCUUCGGCUCACCCCUCAACAAAUAUCGCAGAACGUUUUACUAGUUAUCGUUUUUUCUUCUCCAGCAAUGCUCGCCUACCUCGACAACUACUUCAACCUCAAGAAGAGCUUUGUCUUCUACGGGUCCUACCACCACACACCGAUAAACCAGCUGGUGCACGUCAUCUUCGUCCCGGCCAUCUUCACCACCGCCAUGAGCUUCGUUGCGCGCAUUCCGAUUACGGACAAGGUCAACCUUUCACACGUUGUCGCCGCGUUCUAUGCGAUUUCGUUCUUGAAGAUGGAGCCCGUCGCCGGAGCGCUCUACGCACCGGUCAUCGGCGCCAUGGAGUACCUCGGCUCGCAGGUGCUCAUCCACCACGUCCCCGGCAGUAUUGCCGUGCAUCUUCUUGGCUGGACAGCGCAGAUAUUCGCACACACAUACGCGGAAGGUCGCCAGCCGGCGUUUACGGAAGACCCGUUUCAGGCCAUUCACGCUGCCGUGUUUUUUGUGUGGCUGGAGCUUCUGUUCUACCUGGGUUAUCGCCCGUCGGAGAAGGAAGAGCUGGGAAAGCUGGUGAAGGCGCGAAUUGCCAAGAUGAAUGCGGAGGACGCCGCUAAGACGGUGGCAGACACCGCCGCGAGUGCGGCUGCCAAAAAGGUAGGCUAA